AUGGAUACGACGGCGGACGAUGCCGGUGCGACAGCGCCAGAUGCCACGACAACCACUACGACGACGACGACGACGACGACAAUCGUGGAACGCCCCGGCAUGCGCAUUGUGUGCCCAGGCGAUGUGAUCACAGAGGAUCAAGGCUACAUGCGCGGGCACGGCACGUUCAUUCACGACGGCCGGCUGCUGGCCAGCGUCGCCGGUGUGGUGGAGCGCGUGAACAAGGUCAUCAGCGUGCGGCCCGUGCGCACGCGGUAUGUGGGUGAGAUUGGCGAUGUCGUUGUGGGCCGCAUCAUGCAGGUGGGACAGCGCCGCUGGCUCGUGGACACGCAGUCGCGCCUCAGCUCCGUGCUGAAGCUGUCGUCCGUCAACCUCCCUGGCGGCGUGCUUCGGCGAAAGUCUGCGAGCGACGAGCUGACGAUGCGGCAGGUGUUGGCAGAGGGCGACCUCAUCAGCGCAGAGGUGCAGGCCAUUUUUCAGGAGGACGGCACGCUCUCAUUGCACACGCGCAGCCUGCGGUAUGGGAGGCUAGGGCCCGGCAUGUUCAUGCGCGUGCCCUCUGUGCUGGUGCGGCGGUCCAAGAACCACUUCCACACACUGCCCUGCGGCGUGGCCGUGGUCCUGGGCAACAACGGGUACAUCUGGAUUGGCGCGUCAAUGGAGGAGGACACCACACAGGCGAGAGAACACGACCAGCACAUCAUCACGGAGGAGACGCGGCGCCGCAUGGCCAGGGUACGCAACGCCAUCUCUGCGCUCGCCCACCGCAUGCUCAGCAUCUUCGACACAACCAUCAUCUUCACCUAUGACGACUCGGCACACUUGGAAGAGAAGGAGAUGUUGCAUCCCGAAGCCAUUGCCACCAUCACCCAGCGCGCAUACCUCCUCUGCACAGACCAGCUCUAG